AGCGCGCGUUGGGCAGAGCCCCGCGGCGCGCUCCCCCGCCUGUUCCUCGUGCUGCUGCUGCGGCGGGCAUGGCCCAUGUGCGCUGUCAGCGCUUUGUCUCUGGGUCGUUCUGCUCUCGGACGGGGUUUCGCUGAAGCAGCGGCUGUGCUGGACGCGGGCUGUGUGGGGUUGUAGCGUGCGGUGCUGUCAGUGUCAGGUGAUGCGUUUUGGUACAGAACUACUGCCUGUUUGCCAUUGCCAUUUGGUCGCAAAACUUCUGUGGAAAAAAACAGUUGAUAACAUGGAUAGUUAAAAAGUCACACCAUCUCAGGGAAAAAGCAGCACAUUGUUGGUUUCUUGAAGCAGCAAUUCUAAUGAGUAAUGAGCAGAUGAUAACAAGUUAAACAGUGCCUGGUAAACAACGCAAUCAUAGUGGCAGCACUGCACAAGCAAUAUCAAAGAGCAGGAGCUUUGGUGUUCCUGAGUGAGUAGGAAACAUGCCCAGGAUCUCACCUGCCAGAGUGCCUGCAAUUUUUACAUAGAUUUCUAUAGGUCUUGUAACCAUGUCUGUUAAUGCAACAGAGAAUGAUCCUCCCAGAUUCUUUGUGGGUGGAGAGGAUGGAGAAGGAUUACUGGAUUCAGCCAGAUCUACAGAUUACGAACACUUCUAUGACCAUGGGGAAGAAGAGGAGGAAGAGUAUGACUCUCCACCAGAAAGACAAAUUGCAGUGGGGAUUUGUUCAAUGGCUAAGAAAUCAAAGUCCAAACCAAUGAAGGAAAUUCUUGAACGCCUCUCCAUGUUUAAGUAUAUAACUGUGGUGAUAUUUGAAGAGGAUGUUAUUUUGAAUGAGCCAGUAGAAAAUUGGCCUUUAUGUGACUGUCUCAUUUCUUUUCACUCUAAAGGGUUCCCACUGGACAAAGCAGUAGCUUAUGCAAAACUCAGGAAUCCAUUCAUAAUCAAUGACUUGAAUAUGCAGUAUCACAUACAGGACAGAAGAGAAGUCUAUGGUAUUCUUAAAGCUGAAGGCAUUCUACUUCCUCGCUAUGCAGUUCUGAACCGUGAUCCAAACAAUCCCCAAGAAUGCAGCUUGAUUGAAGGAGAAGAUCAUGUGGAAGUGAAUGGAGAAAUUUUCCAGAAGCCCUUUGUAGAAAAACCAGUUAGUGCUGAGGACCACAAUGUUUACAUUUAUUAUCCAACAUCAGCUGGAGGUGGAAGCCAGAGGCUCUUUCGAAAGAUUGGCAGCAGAAGCAGUGUUUAUUCUCCUGAAAGCAGUGUAAGGAAAACAGGCUCCUAUAUUUAUGAGGAAUUCAUGCCUACAGAUGGAACUGAUGUGAAGGUGUACACAGUAGGUCCAGACUAUGCUCAUGCUGAGGCCCGGAAGUCUCCAGCGCUGGAUGGCAAAGUAGAACGAGACAGUGAAGGAAAAGAAGUGAGAUACCCAGUCAUUCUUAAUGCAAGAGAGAAGUUAAUUGCUUGGAAAGUAUGUCUUGCCUUUAAGCAAACAGUUUGUGGCUUUGAUUUGCUGCGUGCUAAUGGACAAUCCUAUGUCUGUGAUGUGAAUGGCUUCAGUUUUGUGAAAAACUCCAUGAAAUACUAUGAUGAUUGUGCUAAGAUACUGGGAAACAUCAUAAUGAGAGAACUUGCUCCCCAGUUUCAAAUACCAUGGUCAAUUCCUUUGGAAGCUGAAGACAUUCCUAUUGUGCCAACCACCUCUGGAACAAUGAUGGAGCUUAGAUGUGUUAUAGCUGUAAUACGCCACGGGGAUCGAACACCAAAGCAAAAAAUGAAAAUGGAAGUAAAACAUCAGAGAUUUUUUGAUCUCUUUGAAAAAUGUGAUGGAUAUAAAUCUGGAAAACUGAAACUGAAAAAACCAAAACAGUUGCAGGAAGUGCUUGAUAUAGCAAGACAGCUCCUUGUAGAACUUGGGCAAAACAAUGAUUCUGAAAUUGAAGAAAGUAAAGCAAAACUUGAACAGCUAAAGACUGUGUUAGAAAUGUAUGGGCAUUUUUCAGGCAUAAAUCGCAAAGUUCAGUUAACAUAUCUUCCUCAUGGCUGCCCUAAGACUUCCAGUGAAGAGGAAGAUAAUAGAAGAAAUGAGCCAUCCCUGCUUCUGGUCCUAAAAUGGGGAGGAGAGCUGACCCCUGCAGGCAGAGUUCAAGCAGAGGAGCUUGGAAGAGCUUUCAGGUGUAUGUAUCCUGGUGGACAAGGAGAUUACGCUGGAUUUCCUGGAUGUGGUUUACUUAGGUUACAUAGCACUUACCGACAUGAUCUCAAAAUCUAUGCUUCUGAUGAGGGACGAGUUCAGAUGACUGCAGCAGCUUUUGCAAAGGGACUACUGGCCUUAGAGGGAGAGCUGACUCCUAUUCUUGUCCAGAUGGUAAAAAGUGCCAAUAUGAAUGGUCUGUUGGACAGUGACAGUGAUUCUUUAAGCAGCUGUCAACAUCGUGUUAAAGCAAGGCUUCAUGAAAUUCUCCAGAGAGACAGAGAAUUUACUGCUGAUGACUAUGAUAAGCUCACUCCAUCUGGAAGCAUCUCACUGAUAAAAUCAAUGCAGAUUAUUAAAAAUCCUGUAAAGACUUGUGACAAGGUCUAUUACUUGAUCCAGAGUUUGACUUCUCAGAUCAGGCAGAGAAUGGAAGACCCAAAGUCUGCAGAUAUUCAGCUGUACCACAGUGAAACGCUAGAACUGAUGUUGCGUAGGUGGGCCAAGCUGGAAAAAGACUUCAAAACAAAAAAUGGAAGAUACGAUAUUAGCAAAAUUCCUGAUAUUUAUGACUGUAUAAAAUAUGAUGUACAACACAAUGGAUCGUUAAAAUUAGAAAACACAAUGGAAUUAUAUAGGCUUUCAAAGGCUUUAGCUGACAUUGUGAUUCCUCAGGAAUAUGGGAUUUCUAAAGCUGAGAAACUGGAGAUUGCCAAAGGUUACUGCACUCCUCUAGUCAGAAAAAUUCGUUCUGACCUUCAGAGAACUCAAGAUGAUGACACUGUAAAUAAGCUUCAUCCUCUCUACUCCAGGGGUGUUAUGUCCCCAGAACGCCAUGUUCGUACCCGACUGUAUUUCACCAGUGAGAGUCAUGUCCACUCCCUGUUAUCCACCCUUCGUUAUGGUGCCUUAUGUGAUGAAUCAAAAGAUGAACAAUGGAAACGAGCUAUGGAUUACUUAAAUGUGGUUAAUGAACUCAAUUACAUGACACAAAUUGUUAUCAUGCUUUAUGAGGAUCCAAAUAAGGAACUUUCUUCGGAAGAACGUUUUCAUGUAGAGCUGCAUUUCAGUCCAGGAGCUAAAGGCUGUGAGGAAGAUAAGAAUUUACCGUCUGGAUAUGGAUACAGACCUGCCUCCAGAGAGAAUGCAGGCUCGAAGAAAACUUCUCAUAGAAAUGAUAGUGAUGAGGAGGUACAUGCUCCUAAAAGAGAUGAAACAGAUCGAUCAGUAGUGAUGUUCAAGCCAAUGGUAUCAGACCCAAUUCAUAUACACAGAAAGUCACCCCUUCCAAGAUCCAGGAAGAUUGGUUCUGUUGAAGAAGAGAGCCCCCUGAGUGUGUCUAGCCCAGAGUGUAUUGGUACCUGGCUGCAUUACACCAGUGGUGUGGGUACUGGGCGUCGAAGACGCAGAUCAGGGGAACAAAUCACUUCUUCCCCUGUCUCCCCUAAAUCACUGGCUUUCACAUCCAGUAUUUUUGGCUCAUGGCAACAGGUCCUAUCAGAAAGCAAUAGUAACUUACGAACACCAAGAACUAUGCUGGAACAAAAGCAGAGUGGGCUAGGGUCUCACUGUGCGGGCCUGUUUAGCACCUCAGUGCUCGGGGGUUCUUCAAGUGCACCUAACCUACAGGAUUAUGCUCGUACGCAUCGUAAAAAGCUGACUUCUUCUGGCUUCAUAGAUGACACCACACGCGGUUCUGCUGUUAAAAGGUUUUCUAUCUCAUUUGCUCGACACCCAACCAAUGGUUUUGAACUGUAUUCCAUGGUGCCUUCUAUUUGCCCUUUGGAAACUCUACACAAUUCCUUGUCUCUGAAGCAGGUGGAUGAAUUUCUUGCUUCCGUUGCUGCUCCAUCAAGGGAGAAUCUACAGGAGACAUGUACUGGCUAUACUUCUCCAAUUUACAUGAUGCCCCUUUCAGGAAGAAAAAUUUCUUUAAAUACAUUUACCCCUGCAAAAAUUCAACCAACUCCACUUGAAACUUUGCCUGAAAGGCUAGCAGUAGAGAAACUAACCCUAUCUACCCGUGGAUGUCCUGUAAAUGUAUCUAAUAUUAAAUCAUCUCUUGAAGAGGCCUCAUUAGCUGCAGAACUUUGUGGCGAAACUCCUGAGAAAAAAUGAUCAGACAAAACUGGAAACAUCUUCUUAAAUGGUUCUUUAGUGUGCAUUCAAGCAAAUUACUGAACUGUCAAAAACCAUUCAUGUCUGGAUCUGCAAUUCGUAGUGCACUUAAGAAUCUUUAUACAUGGUUAACUAGUGUACACCAUAUUUAGGUCAAGUGUUUUUCUCAUUUUCGAAAACAUUUCAGGAAAUAUACUUACCAGUUUGAUGAACUGCACACCUUUUAAUGGAAAAGCUGCACAUGAACCUUUUCUGUGUCUUCAAAUACCUACUGUACACCUGUUCAAAAAAAUAUCAUAUGUGUUACUGUGGCUCUGUUGAUGUCACUGUAAUGACGGCACUGUCUGUUGUCAUCAUAAACUUCUAUUUUCAGGAGUUUAUAAUCUCCCUGUGAAUUUCUUCUAUGUGCUGAAAUGUAACACACAUCUUGACUUUUUAAAAAUUUAACUACAUUUCCAAAGAGAUCUCUUUUCCCUGUUUUGGAGAUAAGCAGAUAUUUUCUGCAUUUUAAUUACUCUGUAAUUAUGCUGCAAUAAUUAAGCAUGAUGGAGUGAGUUCAUGUAUCAGCACUUCUAUCUACUUCUUUUUUUCUGUUUACAUUGGACCUGUAACAUUCAAAUCUACUUUCGCUUUUAUUAUUCAGUACACAUGCUUGUAUACAGGUGCCUAUAUAUCAUCCAGCAGAUAAAACUGUCUUUUAUAUGUUUUUAUCAAAACCUUAUUUUGCUGACUAAAAAAACACUUUUCCUUGACAUAUCUUUCUAGAAAAAGGUGAUAUUAAAAAGCAGGUUUUGUAGAAAGACAUAUGACUACAGCGAGUCUGCUACUAGGUUUAUUCUAAAAAUUGUAAAUAUUCCAUUUGUGCUUUAUUAUCAUCCUUUCACCAGAGAGAGACUGUGGACUACCAGAACUUAGUGCAUACUGUUCCAAAAUACUCAGGAUUCAUAAUGGCCUGGGAAUUUUCAUACCUCCCUCCUUCUGAUAUAGGUGGUUCACAGCAGCUCUCAAAACAAAAACCUCAAAAAAUCCGAACAAACCAACAAAAAAACACCAGUAAACAAACAACAAAACAGCCGACCCC